AACGCGCCAAAAAAUCCACAACCGCUUCGAGGUCUACACUUGGGAGUUUCUCGAUAAUGCGGAGGUGACGUUUUCAGCUGGAAUGCGUUUUUACUAACCCCAAUGCGAAAAUCAUUAGGUACAGCUAUUGAGAGAUAGUUUAAUUGUGGUCUUUGGGGAAAUUUAUUGAUAGAGCGUGUGAAAUAAGGGAAAGUAUUAAGAUGGACUUCGAAAGUCAAAAGGAUGGAUUAUCUUGCUCGAUCGCUCCGGUCGGUUGGGAAAAGGCGACAGAGAGUAGCGAUUCUGAAGAGAGCGAAUGUAAUAACUCACAACCAGUUCCCCUCGCAAGACACUCUUCGCUAGCUGAAAUCACUACAAUAUCUAAUAAUUGCAAAACUAGCCCACUAGCAAAGUCUCAACUAUCUGUAGAUGAAGGAGAUUUACAGAAAUCGGUUAGUUUAGAGCUGGAUUCUGUGUUAGACGUGGCGGUUCGCAGUAACCAACCGAGCGGAACUAAAAUGCAGCUGAAAUCCCGCGUCCCCUCGACCCCGACAAAACAACAACCAGAAAGUAGGACUCCCUCGAAACACUCUACAGACGAACCUCUAACACCCACAGCAAACCUCAAGAUGCUAGUUAGUGCUGCUAGCCCGGCUAUUAGGGAUCGGGAGAUUAAAAAGCGGGAAUUAUUCACGGAUUCGCCGGGAAGUCCGGCGGUUGUACCAUCGUUCGCGCUACCGGUUUUUGACUCCAAAGUUGUGAUCAGAAAUGGAUCGUUCACUCGCGUCGAGAUGGAAAAUGGAUCUGAAAAAAUAGCAAUCAGUAGAAAAGACAAGUCACUGGGUCUUCUCUGUCAAAGAUUUUUAGCAAAGUAUCCAGAUUAUCCUACAAGUGACGAAUCCAUAGAAAUUAGCCUAGAUGAAGUAGCGAAGGAUUUGGGUGUUGAACGCAGAAGAAUUUACGAUAUUGUGAACGUAUUAGAAAGUGUAGAAGUGAUUAGUAGAUUUGCCAAGAAUCGCUAUAUGUGGCACGGGAAGACAAAACUUGUGCAAACACUUCAAAGACUCAAGAGGCUGGCUUUAUCUCAAGGGAUUACUUUAUCAAACUCUGGCAAGGAAAACCCUAGCUCAACUCAAUUGCAAGCUCACACGACCUCUAAUAACAGUGUUAAAUAUCCCCGUCUGCUACCCAAGAAUAACAACAUCCCUCAAAAUGAGAUCAAAUGCUUCGACUUGGAUGAGGAGGAGCUUGCGUGGGCAAAAAAGCAAAGAGAAGCCGAUUACUGCAGGAAGGACAAAUCCCUGGGAGUGCUGAGCCAGAAGUUUCUUAUGAUGUUCUUAGUCUCAGAGACAAGACAAGUCACGCUUGAUGAUGCUGCAAAUGUACUUAUAGACAGCAGUGAAGAAGGACAGGCCAAGUACAAGACAAAAGUUAGGCGGCUGUACGACAUCGCCAAUAUCCUAUCCAGUCUACAGUUGAUCCAAAAAGUACACAUUCACAACAUACAGCAUGGCAGAAAGCCUGGGUUCCGCUGGAUAGGGAUGGACUUGGACACGCUGGAUGACAAAAGACGCCAAGAUCCAGUCCCUGCGGUCAAGACAGAGAAGCUAACUCCCAAGAGUCACCAGUCCCUCCUGGCGGAGAUCGAAGACAAAGAAGAGAGCUUGUUCGGGAGACUGAUUAGUAGACGUCCGAGUCAGCAGCAGAUCCAGAGGCCCAGGCACGACUCAAGCAAGAGCAAGCUACCGCGGUCAUGGUCAGACUGCAGGCACGCCUCUAAGAAACGUGCGCUCUCCUCCGAUAAAGAGAAGGCGAAUAGCGAGGACGGGUACUCUAUACAAGAACUUGCAGAUGCAGACGCAGCAGAAAGUGAUGUCGCCUCUAGUCCAACGGCCGUCAAGUUCCAGUCGGAGCUGAAGAAACUCCAAGAGCAGUACCCUGAUCGAAUGUCCCAACUGCUUUCCGCUUGUCGACAAGGGUUCACCCUCCCUGAUCACACUGAUCCCAAGAAAAGUCGCCGCACGCUCUUCACGGGCCAACCGAAAAGCGACGACGAACCAGCGGCCAAGAAAUCAAAACCAAUCGCCGCUGAGGCGCUCAAGACGUUCGUCCACUCCGCCACGUCCCCUUUCAAGCCGAUCCCUGCAGAGGAAGAGAUGGGCAGAGGCCCAAACACAAGUCCGAGAAACGCGAAGAGGUCGGUUCCCGCUGAGCAAGCCUCGCCUGAGCAGAAGGUGCUUCAAGAGCGACAGAAGCAGCAGCGGCUACUAGAGGAGCAGAAGGAUUUUAGCUUACAGGACGAGCGAUGGAAACGUAUGGAGCAGGAACUGGACAAGGCGUUCUCCCAGACUGUCCCCUCCCUCUCCUCCCCUGUUCCACAACAGGACAUGAGUGACCAGUCUUCCGUAGGCAUACAGGCUAGUCUGAUCGAGGACGUCAGCCCGCUGAAGCCUCUUAGUAAUUACUACGUGAAGAUGUUGUCAGACUGGGGUCAGGCGCAGACUCAGGAACCCCUCGCCUCCCGCAGCGCCACGCCCUCGCCCGUCAUACUGCAGAGUAUGGGCGUGGCACCUUUAACGACGACCACACCUGUCAGUCAAGGAUGCGAGAGCCAAUCAGCACUCACAAACAGCGUGACACUUACCAAUCUUGCCACAAACGCGUGUCACGUGCGACCUCUGGGUCAAGUCACGCAAGAAAACUGCGCGACACCCACUAGUCAUGUCACAGAUACCAACAAGGUCACGCAUGCGAGCCACGUGACACUCGCCAGUCAAGUCGCUCUGCCUUACCAGGUCGCCAAUCAGGUCACGCAUUCCAACCACGUGGCACUAGCCAAUCAACUCACGCACGUCAACCACGUGACACUCGCUAAUCAGGUCACGCACACCAACCACGUGACACUCGCCGGUCAGGUCACGCACGCAAACCAUGUGACAUUCGCCAAUCAGGUCACACACGCCAACGUCAAUCAACUCAACCAUGCAACAUGCAACCAAGGAACAGUGAAGACGGCAAGCCAUCAGAAUAGGGUGGUGCUACCCAUUGCUAAACUACCACAGUCUAUAUGGAGCGGUCUGACCCAGCAGUCAUCCAGGCAGUCCCAAGCCGCACAUCCAGGGGGUCUUGUCUUGAGGCUGCCUCCAAGGGGGGCUAAUGGAUCCCCUCUACCCAUUUCUACAAUGGCACUCCCUGUCAGCUUCGUGAACAGCCUCAUCAACAGCCACCCCUCCGUCAACCACACUUCAAGGCUGCAGAUACCAACCAGCAGGCUGCAGACACAUACUACCACUAUCCAGCCAUCUACUACCAGGUUUCAGACACCUGCAGCAAACCAUCACACCACUGUUUUGCAGACUCCUCCUUGUACUCAAGCAGUAUUUGGGUCCCCCAUGGCCAAUGUCCAGGAGUUCUCCAGUGUGGCCACGCCUAUCCUACCCAAGCCCAGCCUCCACAAACAGGGGUACACGUCUCGUAUGGGCGAGACACCAUCAAACCCUGCAACUUUCCUGUGCCCAGAUGUCGCCAAGGCUUUAAUGCUGCCAGAGCAUAAUUGACACUUUUUAGGACUUUUUUUUAAAUUGAGAUCUUUAUUAAAGGGCAUAUUUCUGAUAAUGUAUAAAGGCAUGGAUUCCAGGAAAUCCUAGUUUACCUGAAAUGGCAAGGUAGUGUAUGUACCAGGAAUUGCCAGGAAAUAUGUUUUAUCGCGAGUAUGACUCGCAAGGUAUGAUCAGCCGAAUGAUCUUGAUGGGCCGAAAAGCUUUUUCCUUAAAUGUUGCCAAGUCGAUGUCACUGCAAUCUUUUUGAUAUACAUUGACCAACAAAGUGAACAGAAAUUGAGAAUUAAUUUUUAAUACUUUGUUACAUUUUAUUGAUCACACAUUAAAUCCCCUUAACCAUGUCAUCAAUGCACACUAUGAUGAAGCUUUCUUCAGAACAGGAUAAACCUUAUCAAAAAUCUAAACCUCAUUUCCUGGAAACAACUCUUUUAUCUGAUUUUUGCUCCAUAUAAGUCUUUACUCAUUUCUGUGUGAUGGUCUCAGACACAUAUUUUAAAUAAGGUGCAUUGGAGAAUCCAUUUGUCGUAACUUGCAGUGGCUCCUGGGUAACAGGUGUUCCUUAUUUAUUCUGUCCCUAUUGAUGUACUUCCGGUUACGACACUUGGAUUCCGAGUGCAACCUAGUACAGUAUGAAUUGGGUGUAAACAUCGACCCUGACCUGGACUAUUUUCAGCCCACGUGGUCGGACUCUUCUAAGAACCUUUUGUUUUCCAGCAAGUAACUUGUUAUGAAAUUGUAAUUUUGACUCUGAAUAAAUUUGUUUUAACAGGACGUAUGCUUCUCUUUUGAAAUGAAAGGGACAGGAUAACCUGUCUCUCCUAAAAUGCGUCGUGAAGAGUGAAUAUUUAGCGAAUUUUGGAGAACAGCAUGGCAGAGUCGAGUAUUGUUUUUCCCUAGAGCAUUGGAAGUCGAUUUUCGUUAAAAAUUCAACACUCCUCGACUGUAACUUAAGCGAUAGUCUCAUGAGACCUUUUCGUGAGAGAGCAAUUUGAGAGUUCUUUAGGUAGUAAAAGAUUUUGCUGCGAAGAUGGGAUAAAAGAUUAAAUGAUCCAAUUGGAAUAACACGAAAAUAGAAAACACACGUGAUGUAAAGGACAGAAAAUUUGAAUACUGCUCAAUGAAUCAUAACAGCAAUAUAAACCAAAAAAAAUUUAUUACCGAAUUGUAAUUACACUAUACAAUUGUCACACUAAAAGAAACCACCAGGCUUUAAGUUAAAUGGUGUAGGGUUGCGGGCACGAAACUAAGGGCCGGAUCUUCAAAUACUAUUCUUUUUUAUAUCGUAUGAUACAUGACUGCGCAUCCUACUCAGUCAAUCUAGACCCAACAAUACUAUUAAAAACACGGUUGUAUCGGUUUCAAGGAAAGCGUAAGGUCACGUGAGUUACCCGACACUCACUCUGGCUCUCUUUACACCCUAGCCCACGUAAAAAAUACUUGUGGACUUAAAAAUAUGUUUUGUCUUCUGGCGAUAAGAUUUUGGUUGAGUUGUCCAGUUCUGCAUGCUGCAUCAAGCCUUAGCCGAGUAUCACCAGUAGCCUCGUCCCCAGGCGCCUCGGCUGCGCGACCACUUAAAAUGACGUCAACUUUUGAAAACCCGUCCCCAGGGUCUUCUGGGUAAUUUACCCGGGAGACCCUGGGGAAGAGGUAGCCAGCAGCUCAAAGAGGUUCUGCCAUUUUGAAUACGAAUGAGCUGACCGAUAAUAGCCUGGAGACGAGGUUAUUCCCGACAAUACUUUGUCAACUGCUGUCUAGUUUUAGGGUGAUAUCCGUUGGCAGAUAUCUAGUACAAAGCUUAGGUAGCAUUUUUU